GUUCCAUUAUCCCAUCUACCGAGCUCAAACGGCUCGGCUCGUCGGCUACAAGAAGGCAAGAGCCUCGCCCAAACCCACUUCCUCACGCUCUCUCCAAUAUCCAUACAGUAUCCACCUUCGCUCGCAACAAUAAUGAUGAGGCUCUCGCUCUUGUCCACCGUCGCUGCAACGGCUGUCGCCUUCUCGGUCCCUCUCGCACGCGCUCAGACGAACGGCACGGCUCCCUACAAGUCAAUUCUAGGGCUUUGGUAUGACUCGGCAGACUGCACAGGCAUUCCAAAUGUCAUUCUCACGCCCGUCGGUCCCGACUCUACGACAAAGUACGUAUGGGACACCAGCCUGUCCGACUGCUACACCACCUACGUGGCUUCCGGAGAGCCGUCCCUAACAAGCACGAACGCCGCUGCGGGACCAGACCGCUGCAACAUGCUCAACUUUCUCGGCGUUUGCCGCGCCGGUGACCAGACGCAGGAGACGGGGUCGUACCUUCAGAAACUCGUUGGCGACUGGACCACGCUGCCGCACGCCGGAACGCCGUCCGGCCCAAAGCCCAGUCUGUUCCCAGACGAAAUCCUCAAGGAUUCCGCUGCAGCCAACCGUCCUUAUAUCGUCUCUUCCCAGGUCGGGUGAGUUUUGAUUUUGACCAAGCGAACGCCUUCGCCAGCGGAGCGAGCCACAUGGCGCCAAAGGCGCAAUACUCCCCUCACCGGGUUUCUUAGCGAGCUCAGCAAGCGUCAGAUCUUUUGCGAGCGAA